AUGCACGAUCACGCUUUCAUUUGCAGCCAUAUCCGUGCCGUCGCGCGGCACUUUGGAGGCAUCGAGAUCUUUCGUCUUCAAAUCCAUUCUCUCUUCGAAGAGCCACCAGUGUGUCCCGUGUCCCGCUCAGCACCCGUCAACCCUGCAAGCGAAUCUGCUGUGUCCGCAGCCACUACUGCUUAUGCCGAUGAUGCCCUGCCGACUGGCGCAACCGACAUGGCCGUAGACGAUCAGCUUGAUGCAGACGGACCUGCUCGCACCUCUGACAUGGCCGUAGACGAUCACCUUCCCUCGGGCCCGGAUGCAGACGGACCUGCUGACCGCACCUCGGACCUCCCCGCCGAGCUCGAUCCGAAUCACGGCGCGUCACCUUCUGCGCGUAACUCCGAUGAUGCUCCAGAGCACAGCUCUGGACUUGUUGAGACGGUGGCCAGUCCCGACGACCUGGUGGACGAGCUCUCCAAGCUGUUCGAGAAAGGACUCGAGCGUCUCAAGACCAUGGCUCAGGGCGAUGAGUUGCAAAGCCUCGUUCGCCAGCUCACACGCAAUUGCAGCAACAGCAUGCGGAAUGCGACAGGUCAGCGAGGGAUUCUUUCAUUAGAUACCCGGCGCACGCGUGGUGCAACUCGUAAGGCUGCCAAAUCUACCCGAGCUGCCCAAGCCAAGGCAAAGCGAACUGCUGCUGCCAAAGCCAACCGAGCAGCAGCAGCAGUAGCAGCAGCAGCAGCAGCAUCAACAUCGUCAGCCUCAACCGUUCUUCCAG